AUGUCACAUAUUUACCUUAAACCCACCAACAAAGAACAGGCUCAAGACAUUGAUAACCUCAAUGUCAUUCAUGUCGCUGGAACAAAGGGCAAAGGCAGCACAUGUGCCUACGUUGAUAGCAUUUUGCGGGAGCACGCAAAAAGAAAUGGGAUCUCACGGAAAAUUGGACUCUAUACAUCGCCGAGCCUGUGGCCGCGAAAUCGAAUCCGGAUCAACUCAAAUCCACUACCAGAGGAUACAUUUUUCCAACGCUUCGGUGAGGUAUGUACCGGCCUAUGCAUUGACCCUGAUAGGCCGUCUCCCGAGAUCAAGACCCCUGGAUUGCUUCAGAUGAUGGCUAUUGUAUCGUUCCACACUUUCAUAAAAGAAGAGGUGGAUGUAGUCAUUUGCGAGACUCAUCACGGUGGCCAGUAUGAUGCGACCAAUUUCGUUCAACAUCCUGUCAUCACUGCCAUCACGAAGAUCGGUAUGGACCACGUUGACAAUCUAGGCGGGUCUAUCCAGAAUAUUGCUUGGCACAAGAGUGGGAUCUUUAAAGCCGGGGCUCUUGCACUUUCGGUUCCACAGGUUCCAGAGGCUGAAGGUGAGAUGAGGAGCCGGGAGAAGGAACUGGGUGCGUCACUGCACUUCAUCAAAGAUGUCAAGGGCGCAUUACUUCAGUUCAUCACAGACGUCACGUUUGAAAGCAUUCAGCCCGAGCAGCGAGAGAAUUGCGCACUCGCCACGCAAAUCACUCAUAAUUUUCUCCUGAUGAGUGGUCAAUCGCUCGACGAACAAGACGUUCAGGCUGGUAUUGAGAAGUUUCGCUGGCCUGGGCGCUUCGAUAUUGUCGAGUCCGGUGGCUCUACUUGGUAUUUGGAUGGAGCACACAACGAAAUGAGCAUGGAAGUUGUUGGAAAGUGGUAUGAGCGGGUGGCCCAUGCUAAGUAUAUUCCCUUAUAUAUUCCAUGCGCCAAUACCAGCCAGUAUUCUAACAUAUUGAGCAGCUCUAUCCGAGUUCUUAUUUUUGCUCAUUUUUCACCGGAGCGGACGCGUGACUGGUCUAAGAUAUUACAAAGGCUUGGUAGAUAUCUACAGACGCCGGUUCAGCAUGUCAUAUUUGUCAAGCAAAUUGAAUAUGAUCAAUUUUGCACUUCAGAAGAACGGCUGGAUGAAUAUUCUCAGCUCUGGGAGAAUAGUUGGCCUUCCAGUGCCAUAUAUAAGGCUGAUAGUGUUGGAGAUAGCAUCAACCAGGCCAAGAAUAUUGGUUCGGGGGCGCAAAUCUUGGUUACAGGAAGCCUGUACUUGGUAGAAGCUGCUUUAGAGCUUAUCAAGAGCGAGACUAAGUGUCAAAUCUGCGCCUGA